CGCGUCUUGGCUGUCAUUUCGAAAAAAACACGAUGGCCGCGCACAUUCUUCGGUUUCAUCCACUGCACUUGGGCAAUCUCGGCGCCAUUGUGUUUGGAUUCCAGCGUGGCUUUCCUCGCGAGUUUCUGUCCAUCGUCACCGUCCUUCGAGCGCACAUUCGAUCGAGACGGCUAUACACAUCCCUCACCGCGUGGACAGCAACCGUGCCGCCGUCGUUGGCAAGUUGGCUCACUCACGUGGAUAUCGUCACAUUCAAGCGACUGUUCGACCUGGAUGCGUCCCUAUUCUGCCACGCCAUGGACGAUCUGGCGUGCGUAGGUCGACGGGACCUUCUCGCAUUUUUGUACAGGGCGGGCGGCACCAUCCACUGCUCCCCCGCCGCACUCGACUGUGCCGCCAGUGCAGGACACUUGGAAUGUGUGCAAUUGUUGACCGACACCCAAUCGGCAGCUGCGACGACGGAAGCCAUGGACCAAGCUGCUGCCCACGGAUUCGACUCAAUCGUGCGAUACUUACACCAACACCGACCCGAAGGCUGCACGCCUCGAGCUCUGGAUCGGGCGGCACGAGCCGGCCACGUUUCAGUCGUGAAGUACCUCGUCGACCACGUUCGAACGUGUUGUUGCCUUUCCACGGCGUUGGACAUUGCCGCCGCCUCUGGCCACUUGGAGAUUGUCCAAUGGCUUCAUCCUCGCACGCCGCGGUAUCGCUCCACUGCGGCGGUGGAUGGGGCAGCCGCGGCGGGGGACUUGGCGAUGGUCGAGUUCUUGCUCACCCGUCGACACGAAGGCGCGUCGGCUGCGGCGGUGGAAGCAGCGGUCGCAUUGGGGCGCAUGGAUCUGUUGACGCGAUUGCUUCUGGAGACUACCGUGGACGUGGGUUGUAUCGCUGUUGUCGUGGCGGUCGAAAGAAGACAUGUCGAAGCGGUGACAUUACUCACGCCGCGUGUCCUGGACUGGCGUCCCGUGAUGCACGCGGCGGUGGCCCGAGGGACUUGUCUGCAUGUGGUGGUGACAACGGUACUCGGAUGCCACGUGCUGCUGCAUGACGAACCCGUGGCGACGGCUGUCGGUGUCGCGGCGCUGUACGUGGCGUCUCUCAGCCAGAACCACGUGAUGCUGCGGUUGCUGGCAGCGAUGGGGCAUGACAAUAUGUGGGUCGAACAAGCCUGGCAUCAGGCCAAGAUGGCCAACGAUAGAGCCGUGAUGGCGCACCUAUGCCCGCUCCGACGAUGGUGGUGUCGGGCAAGAUCUAUUUUUUUCUAAUUAACGUGUCGAAAAACAACAAAUCACAUGUACUAA